AUGUUUAACACAGCCCAUUUCUUUGAUUGUUCUGGUCGGGGGCGUCCUCGUGGUUAUUUUACAGGUGAACUGCCACCUCCCCACAUACUCACAAAUCUAUCACUGACUUCAGCGCAAAUACCCAAAUCACCAUGUGUUGGUGUUCAGUUGAAUGUUUCAGGUCACUUUUCGGCAAUCGACGAAAAGAAACGACUAACAGUUUUCAGCGAUAUCAAAAAUACUAUUGAACAAAAAUCCAAAUCUGAUAGACAUCAUCUUAAACAGCGAGAGUUCAAAGAUGUGGAUAACGAUGGUCCGGCAACAGAGUUUUCGUCAAAAGAUCAAAAUGUACAUACAAAACUGUUUCAUAAUUGCCAAGAUUUACUAUCACCAGCUCCACCGAUUACCUCUGCCUCAGGUCAAGAUAAUGCUAUCGAGGUUAAUAGUGAAUGGACUGAAAAACAAGGAAAAAACUGCCAGUUUAAACAAUAUUUACUCAACAUAAAUCAACAAAACGAAAAAAGACAUAAAAAACAAGAUCAAUCAUAUCGUCAUGAUAAAAUUCUAACUAAUCUACCAAUAGUAUCAGAAUCCAUUCAAUUACCACUGGACAUGGAUUCAGAACGUCCACCAAUUUUAUUUAUUCCAUGUGCACAAUUUCCUGACACAUACUUAUCCUCAACAACGAUGCCUGUUGAAUUCUGGAGAAAAUAUCACACAAAACGUGUUUCAUUUGUUCAAAAAGAAAUUGGGUAUUUUUCAACGGCUAAUCGCGCUAAUCGUCACCGUUGUCGAGAAGAUUACCGUUAUCUGAAACGUUUGUUAGCACCAUUAGAAGCAAAGAAAGUCGGAUAUGAUUUGAAUAUUGGAGCUGAGUAUUUAGAAGCCAAAGAACCCCCGGCAUCAUUAGAAUCAUUAAUGUGGUGGAUAGUCAACCACAAAAGUGAAGUGUUUGUCAAUGGAAAAUUUACAUUUCAAUUUCUGUCAUGGCGGGGCACAUUACGUAAAAUAAUGCAAUCAUUAUUUGAUCAUACAGUUGAUUGGCGCAUUGGUGUUAUUCGAUGGAAAGGUUGCCAUUUUAUUACAGUAUUUCAUACUGAAACAGAAUUGAAUAUUGAAAAUUCACAAUCUGCUGUAGAAAAACGAAUGUGUUACUGGGGACAUAAAUUUGAAGACUACGUAUCGAAAAAAAAGCCAGAUAUUGUUCCGUCACCAAAAAAAAUAUUUUCAUCUAUUAAUCAAGCAACACUUGGUACUUAUACACUGGUAUAUGGUAGUGAAAUAGAUGCGUGUACAGUUGAUUCUCAGUUAGAUAGUUGUAAUAAUAAACAAGUAAAUUAUGUUGAAAUUAAAGUUGUUUUCGCAAGAAAUAUACUUGAUUUACAUACGGAAUCAUCACGAAAAUAUGCAAAAUGGUGGCAACAAUGUUUUCUAGCCGGUAUAGAACAUAUGCUACUUGGAUUUCGAAAUGAAUCCGGAAUUGUUGAAGCCUUGCAACCAGUAUCACUCAAAGACAUUGAGAAAAGAGCAAAAACAUGGAGCGCUAGUUCAUUUAUAUCGUUUUUGAAUGAAUUUUGUGCAUUUGUUCAUAAAACAGUUACUGCAGAUUAUUCAGACUAUGAUAAGUAA